UUUGGAGGGCGAAGGCGCUAGAGGGCAGCGGCGAGCGCCUCGACAUCGGGCCAGGUUUGGGGAUUUUGGAUUCGGUGUGGCCGCAGCCAGCAAGGCGAAGAUCCGUCGCGACGGCGCCCCGGUUUAUGGGAUAGAGGGGGCUGUGCCCGUUUCAUGGGAGGGGGUGACACUUGCAGCAGCGACGAUGAUGAAGAGGAGCAAAGACACGGGCCGCCGCUCAAGCGCAUGAAGCUCUCCUCGCCUCACCAAGAUUCUCGACGCCAGCACCAUAAUCUCUUGGCGCCAUUUCCACUGCUGUCGCCCAGGCAAUCCUCGUCGCUCUACCGCUCGCCAAAGCCCCACGAAUCGCUCGGCAUGGGUCCGCCGAUUGAGAGCCAGAUGAUGGGGAGCAAGAAGCAAAUCCGCCGCGUGGAGUUUGUCCGGAUCAUCACGCAAGCCUUGUACUCGCUGGGCUACUCUCGCGCCGCGGCAUUGGUGGAAGAGGAAUCCGGGGUCCCCUUGCAGCUGCCGGUGGUGUCCGACUUUCGCCGCGAGGUUUUGGACGGGAGGUGGGAGGAGAGCGUCGCCACUCUCGCCAAAAUCGGUCCUUUACUGGACGAGACGCACAAGCUGGCGGCGUUCCUUAUCCUCCAGCAAAAGUUCCUGGAGCUUCUUGUUGAUCGCGGCGACGUUCUUGGCGCCCUGCGAACUCUGCGGACGGAGAUCUCGCCGCUGGGCGUGAACAGGCAACGCGUCCAUGAGCUGGCGAGCUGUGUCGUUUGUCCCACCCGAGGGGAUAUCUUGGAGAAAGUGGUGGAAGGGAAGCGACACGAGGCCAGGAUGGCGCUGCUGGAAAAAAUACAAGCUUUGCUGCCGCCACACAUUAUGAUCCCGGAGAGGCGGCUAGAACACCUUGUGGAGCAGGCGCUGGCGGUGCAGCGCGAGGGAUGUAUUUUCCACAACUCCGCUGAGACGGCACUGUCGCUCUAUACCGACCACCAAUGCGGACGUGACCAGAUCCCGACUGAAACGGUCCAGGUACUAGAGGCUCACGACAAUGAAGUAUGGUACUUACAAUUCUCGCGUGAUGGCAGACACUUGGCGUCCGCAUCUAAGGAUUGUACAGCUAUAAUAUGGGAGGUUGUAGAUGAUGAUUUUGUAAGGCGGAAGCAUACACUUGCCGGACAUCACAAAUCGGUAUCGUUCGUAGCGUGGAGUCCAGACGACUCUAUGAUCUUGACGUGUGGAACUGAGGAGGCAGUGAAGCUGUGGGAUACAGCAACAGGGGAAUGCAAGCACACGUUUCAGAAGGCGAGCCACGGCUUCACGUCGUGUGCUUGGUUUCCGGACGGGAAAACCUUCGUCACCGGGGCCGCUGAUAAGUGCAUGUACAGGUGGGACUUGAGUGGUGCCGAGCUAGAAGUGUGGAAACCCAGGAUGCCCAGGAUCAUCGACUUGGCCGUGACGCCUGACGGCAGCAACGUGGUGUGCAUCUGCCACGACAAAGACAUUCGAGUUUUCAACUUGGAGGACAAGACCGAGAGAGUGAUCGAGGAGGAUCACUCCAUCACCUCGUUAUCAGUCUCGCUCGACGGACGCUACCUCCUCGUCAACUUGGUGAGCCAGGAAAUCCACUUAUGGGACAUGGCCUUGAACUCCAGGUCGCCGUGCAAGUACAAGGGCCAUAGGCAGGGGCGCUACGUGAUAAGGUCGUGCUUUGGUGGAUCCGAUCACGCAUUUAUUGUUAGUGGGAGUGAAGAUUCUCAGGUGUACAUAUGGCAUAGGGGCAAUGGGGAAUUGCUAGAGGUGCUACCAGGCCAUUCCGGCACUGUGAAUUGCGUGAGCUGGAAUCCCAGCAAUCCUCACAUGUUUGCAUCGGCUAGCGACGAUCACACCAUCCGGAUUUGGGGCCUGAGCGCCACUAAGCGCGACCGCCACCGCCGAUCGUCCGCAGCAUCGCCCACUCCAAAGAGCAACGGUGGAAUUAGCCACAUUGUCAAUGGCGGAACCCGAGAGCUUCUCGAGAACCUCAGACCUUUCUAAAAAGAAUUCCAAAUUCUCUCUAGUA